AUGACACAGUCCGUUACCUCAUUGGUCUCCCUCGCCUCAGUGAUCUACACUGGACUCUCUGUGGCAUCAUACACAAGACCAACAAUACCUCAGAUGACACAGUCCGUUACCUCAUUGGUCUUCCUCACCUCAGCGAUCUACACUGGACUCUCUGUGACAUCAUACACAAGACCAACAAUACCUCAGAUGACACAGUCCGUUACCUCAUUGGUCUCCCUCACCUCAGUGAUCUACACUGGACUCUCUGUGGCAUCAUACACAAGACCAACAGUAUCUUUAAUACCUCAGAUGACACAGUCCGUUACCUCAUUGGUCUCCCUCACCUCAGUGAUCUACACUGGACUCUCUGUGGCAUCAUACACAAGACCAACAGUAUCUUUAGUUGGCCACUCCUCGCUCACAUGUUCUCCUUGUUCCUUUACAGAUACCUCAGAUGACACAGUCCGUUACCUCAUUGGUCUCCCUCACCUCAGUGAUCUACACUGGACUCUCUGUGGCAUCAUACACAAGACCAACAGUAUCUUCAGCUGGCCCCUCCUCGCUCACAUGUUCUCCUUGUUUCUUCACAUCAUCAUCGCUCCUUACUUCCUUUUCUUCUCAGUCAACCUGUAUUCCAAGGAGCAUGUGUCGGAGAAGUCUAUCACCUUCCUCCUCCACCAAUGUGCUUGGGUCAUCGCCCACUCUCUCAACCUCAUAUUCCUCAUGAUUCCUUGUACAAAUGCUUCUCAAGAGGCUCAGAAGACCGCCCCAAUGAUAUGUAGACAUCUUAACAGAGAAAUGCGACCUGAAACACAAAAACAACUGGAAACGUUUGUUCUUCAACUGCUUCACUACAAGGCGGAGUUCACUGUGUUUGGUUUGUUUCCUCUGCACUGCCCAAUAUUGACAUCGAUCGCAGGAGCAGUAACAACCUACCUUGUCAUUCUCAUACAGUUUCAAAACGCUGAUGACAGCCAAUAG